UCUGUUCUCUGUAUUUGUGCAGCAGAUAAAGUGCAUCAGAUCAUCUGUGCGGGUCAGAGAUGCUCGUGUUUUAGAGGCAUCAGCAUCAGUUGCAGUGAAAGGAAUGAGAUCAGAGCAUCGAUGUUUCACUGGGGCAAGUGGAAGAAGAGGAUGGGCGCCAACAGUUCAUCCAAGAGACCGGUGUUCGACGACAAAGAGGACGUGAAUUUCGACCACUUCCAGAUCCUCCGAGCCAUCGGAAAGGGGAGUUUUGGGAAGGUGUGUAUCGUGCAGAAACGGGACACAGAAAAGAUGUACGCAAUGAAGUACAUGAACAAACAACAGUGUAUCGAGCGCGACGAGGUCCGGAACGUCUUCAGAGAGCUCGAGAUCCUUCAGGACAUUGAACACGUGUUUCUAGUGAAUCUCUGGUGACUUUCUCUCUUGUGUUUCUGUGCACACGCAUGACUGUUUUAUACUCAGUCUUAAAGGAACCCAAAAAUGAAAGUUCUGUCAUCAUUUACUCACCCUUGUGUUGUUCCAAACCCGUAUGGCUUUCUUUCUUCAACGGAAAACAAGAGGAGAUGUUUACCUGAAUGUUCAUAAAACUAUGUGACAGA